ACGCUUGGUGGUUCGUUUAUUCUUCCUGUACUGAACAAGAACCAGUACGAUCCCUUCUCCGCUCCCAUUGUUUUUCAGGGAAGCGCUGUCGUUGUUCGAUUUGGUAUCUACAUAGAGUCGAUGUCGAAUUUCCAAACUUCGACCAUGGACUACGAUAUGGAUAUCUAUCUUAUGAUGGCAUGGAGAGAUGCAAGGCUUGUAAACCCGUAUGAUAAGCCGAUUUUGGUAAAAGAGGAGGAGAUUCUGGAGAAAAUCUGGAGGCCGGACCCAUUUUUUGCAAAUGCUAAGGAGGCCGAGUUCCACGAAGUCACUUUUCUCAACUUCCUCAUGCGCAUAUUUCCUGAUGGACUGGUGCUCUACGAAACACGGGUGAAGAUCAAACCGUCGUGCAAUCUCAUCUUGUGCAAGUACCCACACGACAAGCAAACCUGCGAUCUGCUCAUCAAGUCCUUUGCUUAUCCGGUGGAAACAGUCCGGUUCGAAUGGUUCACUCACCGUAUUGACGCUAUCGAUAAGAAUCCAGACGUAAAAUUACCGGAACUCUAUAUUGAUCGAUAUGAACCAACAGUUUGCAAGAAAACAAGGAAGUCCGGUGCAUUCUCGUGCCUUCGUGCUGUGUUUCGCCUUAAGAGGGACGUCGGAUUUCAUAUCGCUCAAACAUACAUUCCCACUUCACUGGCUUUGAUGUUCUCUUGGGUUGGCGUUUGGUUGCCGGAAGAGUUCAUGGAAGGCCGAAUUGGUGUCGCUAUUACAGUGCUACUCACACUUUCUACAGAGUCUGCUGGUGCGCGAGAGCACCUACCAAGUGUUUCUUACCUCAAGGCCAUUGAUCUUUGGUUUGGUUUCAUCACCGGCUUUGUGUUUUUUACGUUGCUGCAAACUCUGUUUGUGAUCGGCUUUGAUAAACGAGCCAACCAAUUGAAGAAGUGGGCAAUGAAGCAAAAAUUGGAUAUCACUGAGGAAGUACGAGAAAUGAUGCUGUUGAAAGCUGAACGUUAUCAUAAAACUGGCAGGUGA